UCUCUCUCUUCUCCUUUCUCUCUCUACACAUACGCUGUUUCUCUCUCUUCUCGCCUCCUUCCUCCUUCGAACCCUCCACCUCCACCCGCGAUCCCGAUGGCUUCCCGCAACAAUGGCAUCUCCGGCGGCAAGGGCCUCAUCGUGAGCUUCGGCGAGAUGCUCAUCGACUUCGUCCCGACCGUGUCGGGUCUCCUGGCGGAGGCCCCGGGGUUCCUCAAGGCCCCCGGCGGCGCCCCUGCCAACGUCGCGAUCGCCGUGACCCGCCUCGGCGGCCGGUCCGCGUUCGUCGGCAAGCUCGGGGACGACGAGUUCGGGCACAUGCUGGCCGGGAUCCUGAAGGAGAACGGGGUCAACUGCGACGGCAUCAACUUCGCAGGGGCGCGGACCGCGCUGGCCUUCGUCACGCUCCGCGCCGACGGGGAGCGCGAGUUCAUGUUCUACCGGAACCCGAGCGCCGACAUGCUGCUCAAGCCCGAGGAGCUCAACCUCGAGCUGAUCAGAUCUGCGAAAGUCUUUCAUUAUGGAUCCAUCAGUUUGAUUGUGGAGCCAUGCAGAUCCGCCCAUCUUGAAGCAAUGCAAGUUGCCAAGGACGCUGGGGCUCUGCUCUCCUAUGAUCCAAACCUCAGACUACCAUUGUGGCCAUCACCUGAGGAGGCUCGUGAGCAGAUCAAGAGCAUUUGGGACAAGGCAGAUAUCAUUAAAGUGAGUGAUGUUGAACUGGAGUUCCUCACAGGGAGUGACAAGAUUGAUGAUGAAAAUGCAAUGACACUGUGGCACCCCAACUUGACACUUCUCCUUGUUACUUUGGGUGAGCACGGUUGUAGAUACUACACCAAGCAUUUUCAUGGACAUGUGGAAGCAUUCCAUGUUAACACGGUUGACACAACCGGGGCUGGUGAUUCCUUUGUCGGGGCACUCCUCUGCAACAUUGUUGACGACCGCUCCAUUCUCGAAGAUGAAGGAAAAUUGAGGAAAGUCCUGAAGUUUGCAAACGCGUGCGGAGCCAUCACCACCACCAAGAAGGGAGCGAUCCCCGCCCUCCCGACCGAGGCUGAUGUCCUCAGCUUGAUCGAUGGCACGAAAUAAAGCAUUCGAACAAGCUCCAAUUCUUCCAUUCUCUGAUUUUCCUUAGGACUAGUCGUUGCUUGCUUCCAUUUUCAAUUGAAGAGAGUCUGGUUAGCAUUCCUGCUGCUUCUGUAUUCCCAUUGCUCCCCUGCGUAUGGUGUCACAGACUCCUUUGCUUUCUUAAGAUAUAUAAAUAAUCCUAAUAAAAUUUUUGGGCUUGUGGGGACACUAAGCACGCCUUCGUCUCGUCUAA